AUGGCGGAGCUGUUUGAGUCGUACGCGUCGGACUUUGCGCAGCUCGUGGACUCGGUGCGCGACCGCAUCAAGGCGGACGUGAGCAAGCUCUCGGCGGAUGCGCGGCGCAGUGCGCUGCAGCACGCCGAGGCCGAGGCGGAAGAAGCGAACGAGCUGCUGAUGCAGAUGGAGAUCGAGGUCAAAUCCUUCCCCCAGAGCGUGCGGGAGCGCUACACGGGCAAGCUACGUGAUCUGAAGAGCGACUAUGAGAAGCUGCAGCGCGACAUCAAAGCGCAGCGGCAGCCGAGCAACAGCGGCAGCGGCCUGCCGGUCGACAGCUAUACCGACGGCGACCUGGAGGCGGACGAAGCGCCGUCGCAGCGCCAGCGCCUGCUCCAGGGCACGUCGCUGCUCGAGCAAGGCACUGAGCGCCUGCAGGCCUCGACGCGCCUCGCGCUCGAGACGGAGGAUAUCGGCGCCAACAUCCUGCAGGACCUGCGUGGCCAGCGCGAGCAGAUUGAGCACAGCCGCGACACACUCCAUGGCGCGAAUACGCACAUCGAUCGCUCGUCGCGGACGCUGCAGCGCAUGAUCCGUCGCGCGAAGCAGCAAAAGAUCGUGACGAUGGCCAUCGUCGUCGUGCUUGUCCUGCUCAUCCUCCUGAUUUUGUACUCCAAGCUCUUUUAG